GAAUCCGAAUAUCGAAAAUGAGUGAAAUGAAGAGAAUUUCCCACCACCAGCAAUUACUUUGCACGGUGUUAUUCGAAUAGAAAAUGGUGUUGAAAUGAGGCCUUCAGUUUGGAGCAUCUAAGAAUAACGGUAUUGAAUAAAACCACAAAAUUGUGUCAACAAUAUAAAUUUUAAAUAGCGGUUAGAAAAUAAACAAUCAUUUUAAAUAUUUAUAAACUACAAGGAGCCUUCGGCGGUAAUGUCAUUGUCAUGAUAUUAUGACAAUAUGUCCAUUGCAAUACGUCCCCAAUUGCUUAAUAGAAUGCAUAAGCGGCACCACGUUCGAGACAACAUCAUCAGAAUUGAAUCUAGAGAUAAGCGACAUGAUCUUUUUCAAUUUAUACGCCGAACAAUGUACUGGGCGGCCAUGUACCCUAUGUCUUUGGAACACCUUUUGCCUCAACGCAUUCGCUACCUUAGCUCAUUUAUCGAAGUGUUUUACGAGCUAUUCCUCCACCUGGUCUGCAUACACAUUGUCAUUCUGUAUUUGUGUACAUUUUAUUUGAACAACAAUAGUGGAGAUUUGGAAUUACUGGUCAACUGUAUGAUGCAGACAAUCAUUUACGUAUGGGUAAUUGGUAUGAAGUUGUAUUUCCGUCGUAUGAAUCCACGGCCGUUGGAAGAGCUGAUGAAAACUAUGAAUUUGCAAUAUAGGACUCAUUCGAUUAAAGGAUUUACAUAUGUAACAAUGGAGGAGUGUCUCAUCAUGGCUAAUAAGUGGAUAAAGACGUAUGUGUACAGCUGCUUUGCUGGAGCUGUAUUUUGGCUAAUUAUACCAAUCACCUAUGAUGAUCGUAGUCUACCUUUGUCCUGUUGGUAUCCUGUGGAUUAUAAGAAGCCUAUCAUUUACGAGAUAAUAUAUUUCCUUCAAGCUGUUGCGCAAAUUCAAGUUGCAGCCGCAUUUUCCGCCUCCAGUGGUCUUCACAUGACACUGUCCAUCUUAUUAUCUGGACAAUAUGAUGUCCUCUUUUGUAGCUUGAAAAAUAUUCUUGCAAAUGUUGCCCUUCGAAUGCAAUCGACGGAACAACAAUUGAGAAAACUUUACAAGCUUCAUGAAAUUACAUCGCACGACACAAACGAGUUCUAUUGUAGCAAAGAGAAAACUUUGGACGUGGAGAGACUAUUUGACGCGCAACAACUUUUUGUAGAAACUUCACAGGAUUUUCGACAUAAUUUUCGUAACGUUUUCAAGGAAUGCAUCGUACAUCACUGGUUCAUUUUAGACUGUUUGAAAAGUAUGGAAAGAUUUUACAAUCCCAUUUGGUUUCUGAAAACCGGCCAAGCCAUUCUGCUGCUGUGUUUGGUAGCAUUUGUCUCUGUAAAGUCAACAACAACAAAUUCUUCGUUUUUGAAAAAUCUAUCUCUGGGUCAAUAUCUUUUCUUGGUUGCUUGGGAAUUUUUGGUGAUCUGCUAUUUUGGCGAAAUGAUUUUUUACAACAGCCAACGUUGUGGUGAGGCUAUUCUGAAAAGUCCCUGGUAUUUAUGUGUGCGUGAAAUCAAAAACGAUCUUCUCCUCUUUCUGCUGAGAUCGUACAGACCAUUCAAGUUAACAGCCGGUAGAAUGUUUGCCUUAAAUAUCGAUUGGUAUCGUUGGGUUAUUACAACAGCAUUUUCAUUUUUAACUCUACUACAAAAUAUGGACCAAAGGGAUGUGAAUGUGUCAACCUAGAAGCAAUCUGGUGUAUGUCUUUGUAUUGAGUAAAAAUAAAUAAAGAGUCGUUUUU